UCGGCGCCCGCCCCGCUGGGCCCGGGGGCCGCGGGCCCGCUGCGGGGGCUCCGGUCGCUGCUCCUCAGCGGGGAUGGCGGCGGAGGACGAGGCGGAGCUGAGCCUGCUGGAGUGCCGGGUGUGCUUCGAGCCGUACGGCCCCGACGGGCAGCGGCGGCCGCUCAACCUGCCCUGCGGGCACGUCCUCUGCCGGGGCUGCGUGGGGGCCCUGGCCGGCGCCGAGCGCCGGCGGCUGGAGUGUCCCUUCUGCCGGCGGCUCUGCGGCCCCGCCGAGACCAGCGCCUGCCGCCCGCUGCUGCAGCUGCUGGAGCUGCUGGGCCCCGGCGGCCGCCUGGCCUCGGCGCUGGGCAGGAGCGGCGGCGGGGCGGCGGCGGCCCCCGCGGGGCUCGGGCUGCGGCGGUGCCUGGGGGGCUGGGGGUGGCUGGUGAACCCCACCGGCGUGGCGGCCUGCCCCGGCUCGGGCCGCCUGGCCGUGGCACACGACGGCGAGAAGCGGAUCCACGUCUUCGGGCCCGGCGGGUUCUGCCUGGGGCGGUUCGGGGAGCGGGGGCCCGCGAGCAACGACAUUAAGUAUCCGCUGGAUGUGGCGGUGACGCCGGACGGGCACGUGGUGGUCACCGACGGCGGGGACUGCUCCGUGAAGGCCUUCGAUUUUGAUGGGAGGGGGGUGCUGGCUGUCCGGGAAGGCUUCUGCCUGCCCUGGGGCCUGGAUGCCACCCCCGAGAGCGAAGUGAUCGUGACGGACUCGGAGGCAGGAGCGCUGUACCGCUUGGCGGCCGAUUUCCCAAGGGGGGAAUUGAAGAAGUGCCAGGUGAUCCGGUCCCGGCUGGUCAGCCCCAGGGCGGUCGCGGUCUGCCGGACCUCGGGUGCUGUCGUGGUAAUAGAGCACCUGAAAGCUCUAGGAGAGAGCAAGGGCAGCACCCGCGUGAAGAUAUUCAGUGCGGAGAUGGAUCUCAUCGGCCAGAUGGACAGCUUCGGUCUGAACCUCGUGUUCCCCUCCAGAAUAUACGCUACCGCCGUGGCCUUUGACAAGGAAGGUCGUGUUAUAGUAACGGAUGUUUGUAGCCAGGCUGUCAUAUGCUUAGGGAAACCUGAGGAAUUUCCCAUCUUUAAUCCUCUAAUUAGUCACGGGCUUGCUUAUCCUGUCGGACUGACUUACACGGCAGACAAUUCCCUCGUCGUUUUAGACAGCGGUGAUCAUUCAGUGAAAGUAUAUAGCUCUACCUGAGUGGGCUUAGAUGCUUACUGCUGCAGGCUCAAGCUGCUCCUGGCCAUAAAGCGUGCGGAGUUGUGUUUGUAGGAGGGGACGGAGGAGGCGGUUUUGGGGCUUUGAGUGAAAUCACCCUCCGACCAACACGCCGUGCUUCCUGCAAAACUUGUAUCUUGCCUGCCUGUGGGAGGGAACCUGGCUGUUGCUGCCUGUAGCCAACAACAAAUCAGCCAAACAAAUAAUUUGGCAUUUUAAAACUGUUCCAUGCCUUGACAACCAAGUGGUUUUGGUUCUUUUUGGCGCGUAAUCAAAGGCCAGCACCUGUGAAAGUAAUGCGUCAUUUCCCAGCACGCAGUUUUCACUAUUCUUAAUUAAGUAUAGAUACACUCCUGACAGAACUGUUUCCAGGAAUUGUGCACAAGGGAGGAGAUUGCCUUGACAGAAUGAUAGGAGAAUUGGAAGCCUCCAUUCAAGGUUGCAUAAAUCCAGCUAAAAUCGUUGUGAUGGAGGAGCUACCACUGAUGAGUGAGUUAUGAGAAGUGAAAUCACGUUCAAAGUCUAUUUUUUACGUACCAGGAAAAUGCACCUCUGGGAGCACACUUUGCUAGUUUAUUCACACCUUUAUUAAGGUUGUACUGGAGCACUUUGUCUUCCUCUAAAAUGCCCAAGUCUGUGUCUUUACCUAGAGGUAAUCUGGUGUGUGGUUACACAGCGUGGGCUGCUUUACCUAAAAGCCUCUUGAAAUAUUCACGUUUAGACCACAGAUACUCCUGCAUAUGUGAGUUUGAGUUGGCUGUGCUGCUAACACAGCUAUAUGUGGGAGGUUUUCAGCACUGCCUGCCCCUGGUUUGUCAUUAGUAUGGUGCUUUUGCACUCCAAACCCCAGGAUUCAACUGCAAAUUGAAAUAUUAGUGAGAAGUAAGCCUCAUUUUUUUCCUAGCUUCCAAAUGCAGUUUUGUAGAUUGUGAACACUGAGGACAUUUAGAUCAGUUUAUAUUCUCUUGUUUUACAGUAAUAUUUUAUUCUCACUUAUAUUCUCACAGUUUCACUGUGGACACUUUUGCCUUAUUGCAUAGUAGAAAUUAUGCUACAUAUGACUUAUUUUGAGAAGGAUUUAAUACCCCCACUAGAAGUCACUGCUGCAUUUUUAGGCAUUUAUCUGCUACUAAAAUGAUUACUUAGAUGGUUCAGCACUAAAAUGAAGUCUGAUAAAAAUGCAAAUACUAUCUGAGGUAGGGAUGAGUAGGUUAAAAUGGCAUAAAACUUUUGGGGUAAUUUUUUUCAGAAAUUGAAAUCAUUAAUAUUAACUAAUCUAAAUUCUCAGGCAAUCAGUAAAUUUUUUUAUCUGGCUUUUGGUCUGAUUUCAGGGCAUUUAGUAAUUGCAUGUGUUACAGCACCAGUGAUUUACCAAAUACUUGCAUUAAAUUGGAGCAGUUUAGCCCUCUAAUUCACCCAAUGUGUUAAUCUGUCUCAUGUCAAUAUUUAUUUAAACAAAACAAGUCUCAUAAUUGCAGCUAUUUAUAAAGGUUCAUAGAACAGUGACCUGCCAAUAAAGUGUGAUUUGCUUA